UCAACUGUUAACCAUUAUUGGCGGGUGCGGACACGAUGCGUAUGGUAGCUCAAGCAGUUUCUUCCUCAUUUUGUAUAUUUUUGAGCUUGUGGUGUUGUAUUAGGAACCCUGAGACUCUGCCUUCGUGAUUAUUGAAGGUGUUAUAGUGUUAGUGUAGUUAAUAAUAUAUUAAAAUAAAAAAGGAAAUGCCACGGGACAAGAAACACAAGAGGAACGCAGGGCCACCACCUCCAGCUGCAGUUGCGUCUGGAGGUGGAGGUAAUGCUGCUGAUGAAGAUGACAAGGCUAGCAUUAACAGUGAUCGUACAGAGUCAACUGUUCAGCUCAGUGAUGGCGAUGAAGGAAUGUCCGAAAUGGAAGCAUAUGAGCGGAAAGUACGCGAGGCAAUGGAUUUGGCUUUAGAGAAGUCCGUUCAUACUCGAACCAAUGCUCUUACAGCUCUUACAACUGCACUUCAAAAGAGGGUUUUGUCACAUUUCUUGCUGGAUCAUCACCAAACAUUGUGUGACUUGAUAGAACGCUCGUUGAGGAAAGGCCGUGGUCCAGAGCAGGUGGCAGCUGCCCGGCUUGCCUCCCUAUUGGUUUUGAGCCUUUCUCAUAUGGUUGAAGCUGAGCAGGUAUACAAGACUUUGGCGCCCGUGUUGACAGUGGUUGUAACUGACCCUUCAGCAUCUCUGAAUGGACGACAAGAGGUUGCACUUACUCUGGCAAUGACUGCUUUUUUGGCCUGUCAUGAUCUUGCAGAUGUAACUGCUACUAUGAACACCCUGCAUGGUGUCUUUGCAGCUUCUCUUCCCAAGGGUAAUGGAGAACUGCCUAACCAUGCACCAGCAUUAACAGCUUUACAUACAUCUGCUCUCAAUGGCUUCUGUCUCCUCAUGUGCCUCCUGUCCCCUUCAUCUGUAUACACCAUGGCUAAUAAACUUGUUCGAGAAAUGUAUGAUCUCCUAGGAUGCAGUGAUGUAGAUCUACGGAUUCAGGCUGGAGAAGCAGUAGCUCUGCUUUAUGAAGCAGCUCGUUUACAUGAUGAAGAUUACUCUUGGAAUCGUGAGGGGGAACUGUGUGCAGCUCUUAAAGACUUGGCCACCGAUUCUCAUAAAUUUAGAGCUAAAAAGGACCGAAAACAGCAAAGAGCAUCAUUUAGGGAUGUUGUAAGGACUGUUGAAGAGGGAGAAUUACCUUGUGAAACAGUAACUGUAGGACCUCAGCAUCAACGUCAAGAGCUCCUCCUCGACACCUGGUCACUGAAAUGGCAGUAUGCAUCUCUGUGCCACACAUUGGGUAUAGGACUCAAUAAUCAUAUAACUUUUAACAUUGGGGUGAGAGAUAUGUUUGACUUGGGACCACCACCACUACAGCUUGAUCGAGGUAUGCUGUCAUUAGCUCGGCGUUCUCAAAAGAAACCUAAUCGUGAGUCCCCUGCAUGCAAAGCACGACACAUGGCACGUAAUAAAAACAGAGAUAAUCGUGCAGCAGCAAAAACAUACGAUGAUUAAUUGGCAUUUACUUGACAGCUGGAAUUUUAAAUUUCAAUGCAGUAUUUCCAACUUUAAAAAAAAUUGUACUUUUGACCAUUUAGCUAACUCUUUAAAGUAGUUUUAUCUAGAUUUUUAAUGAAAAGGUAAUUGUCUUCAUCUAGAACGAACAGAUUCUUAAUGCAUUGUAGAUAUUGAAUAUGUACAGUUCUUAAUUUUAAGGUAAUGUAGUUAAGUAGACUAUAGAAUUCUUAAGAAAUGUAGAUAUCCAAAUUAGCUUACUUUAAGACUAAUACCUGGCCUGUGAAAUUUGACAAGACAUUUAUUUGAUCAGGCAAACUGCAUCUGUUUAUUACGUGGGUUGUUUACAGUUGUUGAAAGCUUUAUCUUACCAAAACACUGCUUACUGUCUGUAAAUGCUAGAUGCUUUACAGAAGAAUUUGAAUUUGUCAAAAGGGUUUGGGAAUCCUUGCUUAUUUAAAUGUUGCCUUUAUGUACCAGUUUUGAAUUUUUUUUUCUUUAUACAUAAAUUACAACAAACUACUCCAGAUGAAGACAAGUUUGGUUUUUAAUACCUUGUAUCAAAUAUGACGCAAUGAGUACAAUUUUUUAUAGCUUAUGGGUUAUUAUAACUUCAGGUAGGGUUGAAAAUAUAUUUUAAAUUGACAUUGUAGGAUAGAAAAUGGUUAUGCUACAAAAAUUCCUUAAAUGUUUAUAUACUAGAGAACUGUACAAUAGAAGAUUCUUUUGCCGGAGUCAUUGGUACUCAGAUCUGUGCAUUACUCAAUCUGUGUAUUUCUGAAAGGGAGCAGUGUGAAGAUGUAGUAAUUUAAUUUUUCUUUUUUUACCUGCAUUUGUCAAAAACCUUGAAAGGAUUUUGCUCUUGGUUUAGUCGAGUAUGUUUUUAUAUGUUCUCCCUGAUUAAAUGUUAAGUAAACAGCAGCCAUAACAAGUUAGACAACAUUCUCUGGAUUCCUUUGAGAUAGCUUAUUGCAGCUAAUCUGUAUAAUGAGAAAGUUUUAGAAAAUUUUAAAAGUUAAAUUAAUACAACAUUUUUAAACUAUGUUGAAUAACUUUUAAUAUUGUGGCAGCAGUUAAUUUUGUUCUUUUUAUAGGAUUGUUAAACAAUAUCUUGUGGACUUGGUACAUUAAGGCAUCAGUUCUGUAAAAAUAAAUUGUUAGCAAAUGAA